AUGGCCCCGUCCCAGACCAUCGGUCUGGAUACCCUCGCCGAGGGCUCUCAAUACUCUCUCGAACAACUGCAGCUGUCGCGCGAAGCUGGGAAUGACGCCGCCACCGCCACCUCCUCCACGUCUCUACGAUCUUCCUCAUUCUCCAAAUCUACCGAUCAAUCCGUCUCCAAUCCGUCGGGAAAUCAUCAUUCCAAUAAUGGCCCGCCUUCCGACUUUAAAUCCUCCCAGCGCGAUCCCUUGGCGGAGGCGCGUUCCGCCAUCCGCAAAAAUUCAACCUCGGCCCCCGUCCGUCGACGGAUCAGUCGGGCCUGCGAUCAGUGUAAUCAACUGCGAACCAAAUGCGACGGGCAACACCCGUGCGCUCAUUGUAUCGAAUUCGGCCUCACCUGUGAAUAUGCGCGCGAGCGCAAGAAGCGUGGGAAAGCAUCCAAGAAAGAUCUAGCUGCAGCCGCUGCGGCGGCGGCUGCAGCAGGCUCGACAUCGUCCAGUACAGCCAACGACGGCGGCCCGAUGCUGACCAAAGGACAUUCCCCGUCGGAUGGGCGCUCGUCGCACGAGAUCAACGGCCGGUACGACCCAGCGUUCGACGCCGCACGCACCCUGACGAAUUCUGCCCAGUCCCAGCUGCAGUCACAUGCAGAUGUCCCCGGCAUGGUGGGGAUGCAGAAUUCUCAGCAGCCUCAUUCGCAACCACCCUUGGGGGCCGCUCUGGAUGCGCUACAUUUGAAUCACUUCAGUGCGCUCAACGAGUCCAAUCGGCCCCAAAUGUCGGUUCCCGAUCUUCGGACGCUGCAGAUGCUGCACCCUUCGGGCACGAAUCCCCGUUCUCCCUCGGCCGUUUUGCCGUCGCAAGGCCUGAAUUCGUACAACGAAACUGCGUAUUCGCUGAUGAACCCGCAAGAGUCGAACCCCGCCUCGAUGAACCACUUCCGACUAGGGAGCUCGGCGGAGAACCAGCCGCCCUCGUUCUUGGGAUUGUCGCCCCCCGCCCAGUCCCCGGGCUGGCUUCCGCUGCCUUCGCCGUCCCCCGCGAAUUUCCCCUCAUUCAGCAUGAACCCGUACCCCAGCACGCUCCGUUACCCCGUCUUGCAGCCCGUCUUACCGCACAUUGCCUCCAUUAUUCCCCAGUCGCUGGCGUGCGAUUUACUGGAUGUCUACUUUACCAGCUUUUCUCCGUCGCAUCUGUCGCCGUUGUCGCCGUACGUCGUCGCCUAUAUCUUCCGCAAACAAUCCUUCCUCCACCCGACCAAACCGCGAGUGUGUAGUCCGGGGCUCUUGGCGAGUAUGCUCUGGGUCGCGGCGCAGACCAGCGAUGCCGCGUUCUUGACCUCUCCCCCGUCGGCUCGCGGCCGAGUCUGUCAGAAAUUACUCGAGUUGACCAUUGGGCUGCUUCGGCCGUUGAUCCAUGGACCAGCGCCUGGAGAGACCUCUCCGAACUACGCGGCGAAUAUGGUCAUCAACGGCGUUGCGCUGGGUGGCUUUGGCGUCUCCAUGGACCAGCUAGGGGCCCAGAGUACCGCGACGGGGGCAGUUGAUGACGUUGCGACCUACGUGCAUUUGGCCACGGUCGUCUCCGCCAGUGAAUACAAGGCCGCCAGUAUCCGCUGGUGGACCGCCGCGUGGUCCCUAGCCCGUGAGCUCAAGCUGGGCCGCGAACUCCCACCCAAUACCAACACUGCGCGUCAGGAUGGCGACCGGGACGCAGACUCAGACGUGGACAUGUCGAAACGGAAUCUGCCGUCGCUCGUGACCUCGGUAGGUCAUGGCUCUGGGACUCCCCUCAAUGUCACCGAGGAGGAACGGGAGGAGCGGCGGCGUCUCUGGUGGUUGCUCUACGCGACGGACCGGCAUCUGGCACUCUGCUACAACCAGCCUCUGCGCUUACUAGACAAAGAGUGUGAAGGACUGUUGCAGCCGAUGAAUGACGAUCUAUGGCAGGCAGGUGAUUUUGGGGCGGUUGGCUAUCGCCAGGUCGGCCCCCCAAUUGAAUGCUCCGGCCACAGCAUGUUUGGGUACUUCCUGCCCCUGAUGACGAUCCUGGGCGGCAUCGUAGAUCUGCAGCAGGCCAAAGAGCAUCCCCGAUUCGGUAUCGCCUUUCGAAACAGCAGCGAGUGGGAGCACCAAGUCCUGGAGCUCACCCGACAGCUGGAGACGUACGGCCAGAGCCUGAAGGAAUUUGAAUCCCGUUACACGAGUAGUCUGGCCUUGGGGGCGGCGGACAAUGAGACUAUAGUGGAUGGCGGACAUCUGGAUCAUGUGAGCCCGUCGGGUCGGUCCAGCAGCACCGUCGGGUCUCGCAUCAAUGAGUCUAUCGUGCACACCAAAAUGGUGGUGGCCUACGGAACCCAUAUCAUGCACGUUCUUCAUAUCCUGUUGGCGGGCAAAUGGGACCCGAUCAACCUCCUCGAGGACCAGGAUUUGUGGAUCUCGUCGGAAUCUUUCAUCACCGCGAUGGGCCAUGCGGUGGGCGCGGCGGACGCGGCUGCUGAUAUCCUCGAAUACGAUCCCGACCUCAGCUUCAUGCCAUUCUUCUUCGGAAUCUACCUGCUCCAGGGUAGUUUCUUGCUGCUCCUAGCUGCCGACAAGCUCCAGGGCGACGCCAGCCCGAGCGUGGUUCGCGCCUGUGAGACGAUUGUCCGUGCCCACGAGGCGUGCGUGGUCACCCUCAACACCGAGUACCAGGUACGUUCCCAUUCGCAAGGCUAUGCACCUCGCUUAUACUGA